GGUAAAGCUUAUGCCCAAGCUCAGUUUUCUCUUAGGCUGAUAGUCUUUUCAAUUUAUACUAAUGUUGAAAUUGAAAAUGCAAAAAUUAUUUUUAUACUCAGAGGUCUUAGUAGGUUUAUAACAGGUCUUAGUAGGUUUAUAACAGCUAGGGUUUGCCCACGGUGGCAAGAAGCCCCGUAUGGCAGUGUUAUGGAGUUUUCGGUGGUAUGAGAGGUCAACUCACAUGAGGUGAAAGACUCUGUGAUAUGCUUAAUGAUGGUUAAGUUAUGAUUUGUUCAUCUCUCCUUUUAAGGAAGAAGUAUUUAUAGAGGCUCCUGAACCUAGGUUUUCUUUGGGAAUGAUAACCGCCCAUUUAGUCAAAGUACUGGGCCGUUGAAUCCCUACUUCCUAGAGAAACGCGGAUCAACUAUGGACUCUAUCUUCCCUCUGUCUAAAAAACAUAUUACUCCAUGUUUCUCAUAACUGGGGAAUGGAAGAUACUUUAGAGCGAGGCGAUUCCCCUUUUAGAGGCGACAUAUGGUCCUCGCCUCCUCCGAAGGCUACAUCCCUCUUGCCUUUGUUACGUCUUUUGAAAAUAUAACACUACAAGUAGCGUGAAAGUUAAUAUAUAAUGUAUGAUAAUUAAGAAAAAGAAUAAAUAUUUUAUUUAUAUUAUAAAAGAAUAAUUACUUUAAGACAUAAAAAACAUUUUUUAUGAGAAGUAUAUAUAGUAAAAUUAAUUUUUCUCAAAAAGGGAUAAUGUACAAUGUGCAUAAUUUAGCUCUUUAAUUUGAGAAAUGUUAUGUGGACAUUAUUUUAGGUGUCCAACACCGUAUAUUUAGAUGGUGUAGAUAUGGUUUCAAUUUUUUAUCAGUUUUUUUGUCUCUCUUCAUGUUAAAUCUAUAUUUAUAGAAAGUACUUUUAUACGGUAUUGAUAUCUGGUGUUCACUUUUGGGUGUUCAAAUAACACCUCUCAUUUAAUUUUUGCCAAAGAGUGGCUCAAAAAUCCGAGAAAACGUAUAUAUAGUAAAAUAACAAACAUGCUUGUUAAGCUUCUUACAUUUUCAGAUUCUUCAAGAAAGACAUAUCCUAACUCACGUGUGAAUGUAACUCAUCCACUCAACAUUUAUUCAUCAAUGCCUUAAAACCAAACCAAGCCAUUACUCUCUCUGCCUCAGUUUUUUUUUUCCUGCAAUUCACCAUGCUUGUUAAGCUUCAACCAUGGGUGUUGAUGGUGAUAACGUGUUCUUUUGGUUCGUUCUUGCCAUCAAACGAAACUAACGAUGGUGAUUUGAAAGGGCAUUUUAGGAAGAGCUGAUGUAAAAUUGUUGCCCAUUCAAGUUUCUUACAUUUUCAGUUUCUUCAAAAGAAAACAUAUCCAAAUUCACAUGUAAAUGUUAACAAUUCCUUCACCAAACCAUUACAUGUAAAAGUUAAGCUUCAACCAUGGGUUGCUGCUGCUACUACAAGACAUUACUCAUCAUUGUUUUCACAUUCUUCAUUUCUCAAUCAUUCGCAGCCAAAUUCUCACUUCCUUUCAUUUGGCCUCUGCCUGCUAAAUUCGCAUUCGGUAAUGAAACUCUUUCCGUUGAUCCUACACUUUCUCUCAUCGGAAACAGUGCUAACUCGCCAAUUCUCAAAGCCGGUUUUGAUAGAUUCAAAGGGAUAGUGUUCAGUAACGGUUUUGUUAGAGCAGGCAAAGCUGUUUACGAUGUUAACAAGUUGAAUGUCGUUGUUCAGGACAAAAUUGAAGAGCUUCAACUUGGAGUGGAUGAAAGCUAUAAUUUGUUGAUUUCUAAAGCAACCGGUUCCGGCAAAGUGAUCAUCAAGGCAAAUACUGUUUUUGGUGCAUUGCGUGGAUUAGAGACGUUCAGCCAAUUGUGUUCUUUUGAUUAUUCAACGAAAACGGUACAAAUAUACAAGGCACCUUGGUCCAUCCGAGACAAACCAAGAUUUCCUUUUCGCGGUCUCAUGUUAGAUACAUCAAGACACUAUUUCCCAGUUAAUGUUAUUAAGCAGAUAAUUGAAUCUAUGUCAUAUGCCAAACUUAAUGUUUUACAUUGGCACAUUGUAGACGAACAGUCAUUUCCUCUUGAAGUACCUUCCUAUCCGAACUUGUGGCAAGGUUCAUACUCAAAUUCGGAACGAUACACAGUUGAGGAUGCAUAUGAAAUUGUCAACUUUGCCAAAAUGAGAGGUAUAAAUAUAAUGGCCGAAAUAGAUGUUCCUGGUCAUACAAAGUCAUGGGGUAUUGGAUAUCCAGAUGUUUGGCCAUCGCCCUCGUGUAAAAGCCCACUCGAUGUUUCAAAGGAGUCUACCUUUGAUGUCCUUUCUGGCAUUAUGACAGAUAUGAGAAAAAUAUUCCCCUUUGAACUAUUUCACUUGGGUGCUGAUGAAGUGAAUACAGAUUGCUGGACCAAUACUUCUCGUGUGAAUAAGUGGCUUCAGAGUCGCAACAUGACUGCUAAAGAUGCUUACGAAUAUUUUGUAUUGAAGGCACAAAACAUGGCUCUUUCGAAAAAUUGGACUCCUGUGAACUGGGAAGAAACCUUCAAUGCGUUUCCGGAAAAGCUCCACCCGCAAACUAUAGUGCAUAAUUGGUGGAGCUCCGGUGUUUGCCCGAAGGUUGUUGCAAAAGGCUUGAGGUGUAUUUUCAGUAACCAACGUGUAUGGUAUCUUGACCACGUAGAUGUACCUUGGGAUGUUGUCUAUAACGCCGACCCACUAGAAGGAAUAUACAAUGCUUCUGAACAAAAACUUGUGCUUGGAGGAGAAGUUUGCAUGUGGGGUGAGGAAGCUGAUACAUCAGAUGUUCAACAAACAAUAUGGCCUCGAGCUGCAGCAGCAGCAGAGCGUUUGUGGAGUCCGAGACAAUAUACUACAGUCUUAACUGCAUCACCGCGACUGCAAUACUUCAGAUGUCUGUUGAAUAGAAGAGGUGUUCCAGCGGCUCCUGUCACAAAUUUUCAUGCUAGAACUCCUCCUACUGGACCAGGUUCAUGCUUUGAGCAAUAAGUUUAGCAAUUUUGUACUGUCUAAUGAUGUUGUAAGUUAUUAUUGUAUUCAAUUCAAUAAUAAGAAGAAAUUUUUGGCCUAGUUUAAAUAGAUAAUGAACAAUGAUUUUAACUUUGACGAAAAACAUAGAUGUUGACACCAUAAUACCUGUAUGGAAUUGCCCAUACUUUUGGCCUUCAUUGAAAUUUUCCUCAAUGACAUCACUCCUUAAUGACUUCUUGAACAUAGACAAAGUA